UAUCUCUUCGGAUGGUGUCUUUUUGGAUAGUGUCUUGUUGAGUGGUGUCUUUUCAGGUAGUGCCUUUUUGGGUGGUGUCUUUUUGGGUGGUAUCUUUUUGGGUGGUGUCUUUUUGGGUGGUGUCUUUUCGAAUAGGUGA